AUAAACGAUGAACCCGGAAGUGAUGGGAAUAAUGUAGCGGGUUUCGGAGUGACAAGCGGGUUUAGUAAUACGACUGGUGAUUUGAAAUUUCCACUGACACUACAGGGCAUAGUAAUGAUAGAAAGAAGUCCAGUAACCAAGUGUGGUUUUCGACUGAGUUUUUUAAAAGCAAAGGGAUUGUUCGUCGCACAUGACGUUUGCACUUCGAGUGAGGUAAAGCAGUUUUGUAUUAAAGAGAGUAUAUAGUACCCUCUAUUGAACAUGUCAUGAUGCUGAGAUUCUCUUCUGGUCAUGGAGAAAAGUACUGAUGCACCUGAUGUGCAGGAGUUUCCAACCAUCCGUUGUGUUGCUGCUAAUGCUCAUUCCAAAGAAACAAGAAAUAGUGAUGAAGCCAAAAAUGGGAAGGCCAUGGGUUUUGUGUUGGUGCACGCAGGUGCUGGCUAUCACUCUGAGUCCAAAGCAAAAGAAUAUAAGCAUGCUUGCAAGAGGGCAUGUCAAAAGGCAGUUGAAAAGCUUAAGUCUGGUGCACUUGCAGUUGAUGCAGUAACAGCAGCUUUGAUCGUUUUGGAGGAUUCUACUUUUACCAAUGCUGGGACUGGUUCCAAUUUGAACCUGUCAGGGGACAUUGAGUGUGAUGCAAGCAUUAUGGAUGGGAAGUCCUUGCAUUUUGGUGCGAUUGGGGCACUUGGUGGAAUAAAGAAUCCAGUUUUGGUUGCAAAUCGACUCUUGAGCGAAGCUCAGAAAGGGAAGCUGUCAGCUGGCAGAAUUCCUCCUUGUUUUUUAGUGGGAAGAGGAGCAUAUCAAUGGGCCCUGGACCAUGGGAUUCCACCAUGCUCUCUUGACAAAAUGACUACCAAGUUCAGUUUAUCAGCAUAUAGGAGGAACAAGCGGAAGAUGGAAUUGGCUGAGAAGGUGGAAAUGGACGUCAUUCAGACAAAGAGGAGAAGACAAUCAAGUUCACACGAGAAUGAUGCUGGUUCAUUGGAUACUGUGGGAGCGAUAGUUGUUGACAAUGAAGGGAAUGUUGCUGCUGCUGUUUCCAGUGGAGGCUUAGCCAUGAAGCAUCCAGGCAGAGUUGGUCAGGCAGCUCACUAUGGAUGUGGUUGCUGGGCUGAAAAUGCAGGGAACCUAAACCCUUAUUCUACAGCUGUGAGUACCUCAGGCUGCGGAGAGCAUCUUGUUAGGACAAUGCUGGCCAGGGAAUGUUCAAUAGCAUUGCAGUCAGAAGAUGCUCAUCUUGCCUUGCUGGAGACUAUGCAAAAUAAAUUCAUUAGUUCUUCAUUCUUAGCCAGUGAAGAGUGCGUACUUGGAGGUGUAAUAGUCCUUAGAACCUGCAGGUGUGCCGUACAGUCUGAGGCAUCUCAGAACAUUCAGGCACUUUUGGUGGAAUUCUUGUGGAGCCAUACAACUGAGAGCAUGUGUGUUGGUUAUAUGUCAGCUCAAGAUGGGAAAGCCAAGACUCACAUUUCAAGACUUCCUCCUGGAGCAGUUGCUGGGCAGUCUCUCGCCAUUGAGGGAGGAGUUUGCAGACUUGGAUCAUCAGUAAAUUAAGGAGCCAGCUGGCUGGCACCAAAGAAUGUCAUCCUAAGAAGCAUUAAGGAGUACAAAAUAUUUAUUCAACUUCAAGCAUUAGGUCUUGAGGUGUUUUUUUUUUUGUUCUUCUGUUGAUCUUAUCUGUGCUCCGAGGGUUGUUUAAAUGACAGACACAGUGUAAUGUUGUGCAUUGAAACAGAAUGGUUCAUAUCUGCUGUUUAAAAGUAAAACAUGAUGGGAAAUAACCAAUUUGUUUUUAUUUAUUAGCGUCUCUUAGCUCAACUGUAGACAGAUUUGAGUAGAAUCACUUAAAGUAUUUUCAUUGCCAAAAUUAUUCUCACUUAAUUUGGUUUAAGCAUGUCCAGAAGUAAAGGUGUUUAUAUUUGAGUGUGUAAAAAGACAACCAUUUGUUAUCCUUAUUUGGUGCUUCAUGAAAUAUAUUAACAAUUCAUGGUUUACUGUUGUGUUUUCUUAAGGAUAUUUUUUCAUAAUUUUUUUAAAUAAUGACUUGAACAUUGCAUUGUAAUCUUUCAUAUUGCUUAAAGUGUUAUGUACAUAUUUCCAUAGAAGUGGAUGAAAUAUUUUAGCAAAUGUUCUGCUUUUUUGAAAUUUUAGAAUUCUCAUUAUAAAUGCUACAUAGUUGUACAUUUCUUCAGCUUCUAUUUUGCAUUUGAGUUUUUAAUUUCAGGUUGGCAGCAAAUUUAUAUAAAUUAGCUUUUCAUUGUAAACAUUUAUUCUUUAUUUAGCUAAUCUCACCUAACUGGCAUACUGCCAGUAUUUUUGGACAGGCACUUAGAGAUGUAAAGAAAUAGUAGUAGUUGUCAAAGUGUUUGGUCUGCUUAAUCACAAUUAUUUAUGGUAAUGAUGGCAUGCAACUUAUAACAAGGUUAUUUAAGUUUUACUCCAAUUUUUCUUUAACAAAUUAAGUUAAACUGGUUUGUGUUCAGAUGAUAUGUUUGAAUUAAUUAUGUUUUUAAGUUGUUUCAAUUUUUUAUAAGUUUAAAUAAAUAAAACUACUUGCACUACAGCUUUAUAAAGUGUAUGACCUGAAAAGUAGUUCAGACAAAUCAUCUGGAAGGUUUGAGGUGCCAAUCUAAUGGUGCUGAGCACAACUUAUGUUGGAGAGCUGGUAUCACACAGUUAAAUGCUAGAUGGACUGGAAGAGAUGAGGCUUGGGUGACAUUGCUGCUCUUCAGGGUCAAAGUGUCCUUGGCUGAAGGUAGAUGUGAAGAGAUGUUAGACUGUGUGUAGAAUGCAACUCAUUCCUCAUGUACUCUUUACAAUGGUCCCCAGGAAACAAACUAUGCUUCUACAUGUGGCAGCUGUUAAUUUCCAGUAUUAUUUAGCAUUCUUUUCUGCUACGAAAAACUAACAAAAAAAACAAGCAUGAUAGUAUCUUAAAUAUUGAUUUGUAUGCAAUUAGUAAUUAAUAAGGUCAAAGGAAUGUGCAGUUACUGUCACACAUGUGUCAGAGGCACCUUCUUCGAUUUUCAGAGGUAAACACUUACCACCAUGGGAGACCAGGGGGCAGAGUCGCUGACUCUUAUGUUUCUUUUUGUACCCACAGCUCCGAGAAGAUGUUCACUGAGGGCGACUGACUCAGUCCCUUCUGGUUGAUGAGCUAUAUAACCAGGGCAUUCCCUAAAGGAGGCAUCUCUCUCAGGAGUGAGCCACACAUGCUACGGAUCUCCGACCCUGAAGCCUGUUCAUUCUCUAGAGCCAUUAAACUACAGCCUAAGGCCACAUUUUGCUUUUGUUUUAUUGUCGCUCCACUGUGUCCUUGUUAAUUUUGAGCAAAUUUACUGUUUUGGAGUAAAUGGUGUUGCCUAGUUGGCACCCCACCAUUUCAUCUUGACUUGUCUUACCCUUGACUGACGACACUACAUAUUGCGAGACUUUCUCAGUUCCUUGAUAACUGCAAUUGUAAAGAAUGAAGCCCUUCCAUUAACGUUUAUUUUUCUUAGGAUUCUGCGUGCUUUGUACUUAAAUUUUCUAACCGUAUUCCACUUACUGUAAAAAUUGUUGCCUCCAAGCUCUGAUGUAAUGGGUUAAAAAAUCUUAUUACAGUGUAGGAAAUAGUUUAUAAUGAAUGUUUUCCCUUUGCACUUACACUCUUUUGCAGCUACAAUGCAAAUAAUAGCUCAGUUCAUAGUUUGCCCAUUUCAUAAACGCAAGUAAAGCAUCUCUUACAUUUUUACUGUUAUUGUAUAUGCAUACUGUCAUUCUUGAAUUUUCAUUUUUUUACAAUGAACUUAGAAAAAGUAGGUGCGUAUUUUUAUAUGGCGGCUCACUCUAUUGGAGAGUUCAGUCACUUAAUUUUUUAAAAUAUUCAAAUGUGUACUUUUAGUGUUUUUUUGUGAUUUGAACUAAUGUUUGUAGUUAAAUUAUGUGACCCAUCCUGGCUAAAUGAGUUAGAAACUGAAGUGGUAGACAAUUGCAAACCUAGUGAGUAAUUUCUACUUGAGUCAUGGUGCAUACUUGAAGAGGGGAAUAGAGUGUUUCAAUAUAUGGAUGGAGUAGAAUUAGUUUCCAAUAAAGAAAUCACUUUAUUUGGAAAAUAACAGCCAGAAUGUGAGGCAAUACACUCCAGAUUGUCUGCAGUCUCUCUGAGUUAGGGAUAUCCACCAUAUUCAAUUAUAUUAGCCUUUUAAAGCUCUUUAUCCAUUCUUGGGGUAGUUGAAGGUAGACACCACAAUGUGUCAUUUAUGAAGCUGCAUUGUCUGUCUUUUUUGAAAAUUUGCCUGCCGUAAUUCUUUUAGGCAGUUCAGGCAUUUUGUUUAUUUUCAUUUUUUUGUAAAAGCUAUGAUGCCAUCCUUAUGUGUCCAUUGUUGCUAAUGAAGAACAAGAAAGACUUCUGCUAAAUGUUUGUCUGUAUCAGGCAGACCAUGCAGACAGCUGGCUGCAACCCAGAAGCCGGCGAGUCUUUUACACCUUAUAAUCAUGAUUGCGGGCUGCAGUAGAUUUAUAGUCUCUAAAGAAAUUACACACUGGCCAGUGAUGUACAGUAAAAAUAGACUUCGAAAAGUCAAUGAAGUGGGUGUAUGUACAAAUGAUCUCUGAAUGAUGCACAAUUAAAAUAAUUGUCUCCACUGCACUGGAAUAGAGUAGUUUUGUGUUUAUCUUGGGUAGUGUUUAUAUAUAUAUAUAUAUAUAUAUAUAUAUAUAUAUAUUAAGGGUGCAUUUCUCAUUGUGAGCUUAACACUGCUUUUAUAAAGUCUUUCUAAGCUUAACAGAUGAAGUGCUUCCAAAGACAACAUUAAUUUAAUUUUCUUGAAGGCUCUGGUAGUGUGUUGAGGUUAUCACAACUGUUUCAGAACAAGGUGGUGGGCUAUUUUGUGUGUAUGCAAAUAUUUAUGUUUAUGUGUGUAUUUUGACAUGCACUAUGUAUUUUGGAGUUUGUCUGAAUAUUAAAAGGAAGAAGACUCUCUUACUUAGCAUGUAUAUUUUGCAUGAAGAUUUUUUUCCCCUGUUAAUUCCCAUCUUUUCUUAGAUCAACUCAGAUAACAGACUUACUUAUACUUUGUAUAUAACAACAAUCUAAUAGUCAAGGGCCCCAUGUCUUUUGUUGGAUGUGAUGAGAAGUUAACUGUAUAUUGCAGAUCAGGAACGAUAAAAGAUUGUUUGUUUUUACUAUAUUUUCAUCGAAGUGUUGAUAAGUAGACAUUCAGCAUUUGUUUAAAAUGCUCAGAUACUGAUCAUGUAGACAUGUUGGCAAUAUAAAGUACAUUGUGCAUGUAACGCUCAUUAGCCGAAAAAAUAUCUAAUUGCAAGGAGUGUUGUGUUCUGUGUGUAAAUAUUAAAUGUGCAUCAAUUUCUCACCUUACACAAAUUUUCAAUGGCUUGAGUGUUCAGAAGCUUUGCUUUGACCACAUAAAUUACUAUAAUAGUAACCUCCCAUAGCCCUUUUUCACAUUAUGAUCGAUGUUGUCAAGCCAAGAGCGCAAAAGAUGGAAGGAAGCGAUUGUAUUAAGGCCUUUAUUUAUUUUUUUACUUCUUACUCUUCUAUAGAGAAUUUGAUUGCACUAUAAAGCACUGUUUUUAGAUGGUGUUUCUUCCUACUAUUGAAAAUGUUAAAAAAAAACAUACUUCUGAUGACUAUUUCCUUAUUGUAUAUUUUUUACUUUAAGUUUGACUUCAGGAAAUAAACCUACAAAACAAUUAUCUGUAUUUAUUGUUAAACACAAGUUAUCUGCUUUAGUAAGUUAACAAAGUAGAUUAGAGAAUAUAAUUUCUCUUUAAAUUCAGAAAAUAUACCAGCACUUUUAGCGUGUAGUAAUUCUGGAAAAAUCAAGUAAAUAUUUAAAUUGUCUCAAAAGACCCAAAUUUUACUAUGGCUGAAUCCACCUUUAGUUUCCACAGUUUCUAAAUCCUUCCUACUCCGUCUUAAAGUAUUGUGAAAUUUACUUGAAACUUGCUUGCAGAAUGGUGAAAAGCUAAUUUGUUUCAAGAAUAUUUAACUGUUACAGUUAUCAAAUUAUUACACUAGCUUCCAUCUAGGAUUAUAGUCAGAGUUAAGAUAUAUUUGAAUAGACUUGUGGGAAGAAAGAUUGGGAACACUUUUGCAUUUUUGCAUGAAUUUCUCUGUCAUAAUAGAUUAGGCCAUUCUGAUUAAAUAAGCUAAAAAACACAAUGUUGUGUACAUUGCUAUGUUAUUAUUUAACAUAUUGUUUAAAUAUUCAAUGGCAAUGAGUGAAAGUGAUUUUUGAACCUCUAGGACAUUUAAAAUUAAUAGUCAACAAGAUGCUGCUUUCAAUUGCAAUAAAAAGUAAAUUCCUUGACAUAUCUACUGUCCACUGUACCAUGUUCUUUAAUGUUUUUAUCCAAAUUACCCUUUUCCCAUUGUGUACCUGUUCUUAUUAAAGAAUUUACAUUAAAAAACAGCUAGCAUCUCCCUAACUUAUUCCUUUUGUAGUUUAAAAUUUCAUCAUAUCUCUGUUUACUGGAAUAAAAUGGCUAGGUUUUCUCUGGACUUUGUCUAGCACUGUUGUAUUCUCCUUGUAUUAUGGAGGUUAAACUUGCACAUAAUUUACAUGAAAGGGCCUUACAAGUAAGUGAAUUACAUACAGUAUUUUAAGAAAACUCUCUUUUGAUGUGUAUGACAAACAGCAUAUUAUAUAAUCCAACAGACGGUUAGCUUUUUUCAUCAGUGCUGUACUUGGAAAGAAGACAAUGAUGUGAUGAGCCCGGUAUCAAUUGUAAGAUUUUUUUUUUAUUAUUAUUAUUGUGUAAAGGCAUACUUUUAAGCUCUUUAAUUUCCUAUGUGUGUAUCUUCUACAUAUUUUCAUUACUAUUUCAUCACAUAUCCAAACAGUAUUAAUUUGUCAAGAUCCACGUCUAUAAAAUGAAUCAACACUUGUCUGACACUGCACUGACUGCUUACCACACCUGUAGAGGAUUUCUAGUUGCUUUUCCAUCUUUUUGUUUGUUACAGUUUCUUCUGUCAUUUUUAUUGUGCUACAAGUAAUGUUAUUGACCAGUAAUUUCCAGGGUCAGUUGGAGCAUUUUUUUAUGCUGUGGUACAACAUUUACCUAUUCUCUUUCUUUUCUAGCUAUACUUUCUUUAGUUUUUUUGUGAUGUUUAAAAGUUAAUAAAAAUGUACAGUAUAUGUAAUUGGUAGCUUCUUAGAAAAGAUUUAAAUAAACAUUUCCUCCUCCAAGUGUUCUAUUUGCCUUUUCGACUCUUUAGGUGCAUUUGCAUAUAAUGUGAGAAGCACCUACUGCAUUAUUCAUGUCUGUCUGUCCGCAUAAAUCACCCCUACCUCUCUUAGAACAAUAUUGUUGAAAUUUUCCAAACUUGUUAUUCAAAGAAAUUUGUUGAGGCAGUUCAGUUUUCAUUGUGAUAGCUCAAACAGAUUGCACUGCAUUUGACAGCAGUUAUACCAACUUGAAUAUUAUGUAUUUUUUUUUCCUUUCUUGCUCAUCCAGCAGCUGCUCAGAUCCCCAAUAUCAUGCCAGGGAAAGGGCAUAUACAUGCAAGCAAAUCAUACAGUAGCAGCCACCUUCUGCUAAUCUAGGUGGGCAAGUUAACUAUAAAAGUAAAAAACAGGUCACUUCUCUGGAAAUGAAUGGAAGAGUAAAGCAGUCAUUUAAGCAUAUACUGUACAAGUCUGAAUUAACUGAACUAGUACUAAUUGAAGAUUAUUAACUUACGUUAUCAUCCUGCAGUUAAUGGUGUUUGUACUAAUUAAUCACACAAGAAAAGUGCAGCUCCCUUAACUUAGUAAUAUUAACAAAGCAUGGGUUUAGAAUGGAAACUGCAGUUGAUCGAUGGGCAAGAAGAUCAGAACUACUGGACAUGUAACAAGAACUAUGCCAUAGCAUACAGCU